GCGGUGCUUAUAUUGAGGGGAAUUCUUCGAGCUCCUACAACAUUACUUCUCCCAAUUUUCCUUGGCCUUACGACAACAACUUGCACUGCACAUGGACCAUAGAAGUCAACGCCGGAGAAUGGGUGGGGUUCACACCAAGGUGGUUUGAUUUACAAUAUGGUCAUGACUGGCUGGAUGUCUACAUGGGAGGGCAACACAACCGCACCUUGUUAGGGUCGUACACCGGUUUUGGUGUAGGAACAGCUAUCCCAUGGACACUCCUUGCUACAUCCAACAUGGCGCAGUUAGUCCUUCGUACGGACGAGUCUUACAAUUAUGCUCAAGGUUUCAAGAUCGGCUUUCAGGGUUACAUUACUACUAAUAUUACCCGGAGAUCGUCUGGCUACCUUUACUCGCCUACAUAUACCGGAGAGUACCCCAGCAUACAACGUGUGUGGACCAUAGAGGUCAACGUGGGAGAAGGGGUGAAGAUGACACCAGUGACGUUUUCUUUAGACUAUGAUCGAAACUGGCUAUACGUCUAUAAGGAAGAGCUCGGCAUCCCUGUCUUGUUGGGAAGUUACACCGGACCGAUCUUUCCGGCGGAACUCAGUGCUGCUUCCAACAUGGUCCACCUCGUCCUUAGUACACACAACCCUAUGGCUGACGACGACUUCAAGAUCCACUUUGAGGCAUUUAGCUUUAGUGAUCCGUGUCUGGACCCUGGCACUCCCGACAACGGCUACAGGACCGGAGACAACUUCACUGUGGGGUCGGUUGUUUCGUUCGGCUGUAACGACGGCUACGUUAUGUUGGGCCAGGGCCAGGAAAGGCUGACGUGUGUGCUUGAUGAUCAUGUUGGAAUAGAGUGGAACUUCCUCACUCCAAGUUGUGAGGACCCUGCACAUGCGUGCGUAGCCGCUGGGGGGCGCUAUCUGUACGAGGAGGAGGGAGAGAUUGUGCCUCCGCGUGACGUCAUGACCGGGAGGUACCAGACUAACCUCAACUGCAGCUGGACAAUCGUGGCAGACCCAGGAAAGGUUGUGGUGGUGGAGUUUCCAGAAUUCGACAUUGAGUAUGAGGCAAGGUGCCGUCAUGAUUUUCUUCAGAUUCAAGACAGGCCAUAUUUAGGCUACUCAAAGAUCAUGAAUCUGGCACUUGAGGAACACUUUGCCUCCUACUUUGAACCUCCGCUGCAGUACCGUAUCUCGCCUCUAGAAGGCCCGUUAUAUUGA